CAGAAGAUGCAUCUUGCCAGCCACCUGCUCCUCCUUCUGGCUGGGCUACUGGUCACAUCUCACAGUCAGCUGCUCCCUGAGCACAGCAGCCAGGGUCACCUUGGCUAUCAGGAGGCUCCGAGCACAGGUGAGGGCUCCCCCGGCCUCAAGGUUGCCCCAGGCAAUACAGUCUUUGCUCUCCGCCUCUACCACGUGAUGGCUUCCCAAAGCCCUGGGAGCAACAUCUUCUUUUCCCCGCUGAGCAUCUCUUCCUCCUACGCCUUGCUGUCCCUGGGCGCCCGCUCACAUACCCAGACCCAGAUCCUUGAGGGUCUGGGCUUCAACCUCACGGAGGUGUCUGAGUCAGACAUCCACCAGGGAUUCCAGCACCUCCUGCACACUCUCCACCUCCCGGGAGACGGGCUGGAGGUGCACGCAGGCAGCGCUCUGUUCCUGAGCCAGGAGCUGCAGAUCCUUCCGGGAUUUCUAAACGACAGCGUGGCCUUCUACGAGUCCAAGCCCUUCCUCGCCGACUUCCACGACACUGAGGGCACCACCCGGCUGAUCAAUGACCACGUCAGGGAGGAAACUCAAGGGAAGAUUGUGGAUUUGGUCAGCGGCCUGAGCACGGACAUCGCGAUGGUGCUGGUGAAUUACAUUUACUUCAAAGCUCUGUGGGAGAAACCAUUCGUUCCCUCAUUGACCACUCCCCAAGACUUCUACGUUGAUGAGAAUACAGUGGUCAAGGUUCCUAUGAUGCUGCAGGACACAGAGCAUCACUGGUAUCUUCACGACAGAUACUUGCCCUGCUCAGUGCUGCGGAUGGAUUACAAAGGAAACGCGAUGGCCUUUUUCAUCCUUCCUAACCGAGGGGAAAUGAAGCAGGUGGAGGAAGUCUUGACUCCAGAGAUGUUAACAAGGUGGAACAGGUUGCUUCAGAAGAGGUACCUUUACAGGAAGCUCGAGUUGCAUUUCCCCAAGUUCUCCAUUUCUGGCUCCUAUAAAUUACAUCAGAUUUUGCCCAAACUGGGCUUUGUGGAUGUGUUCUCGCAGAAGGCUGACUUGUCCGGCAUCACUGAAGAGCGAAAGCUGCAGGUAUCCAAAAGUUUCCACAAAGCCAUCCUGGAGGUGGACGAGGCUGGCACCCAGGCUGCAGCGGCCACUGGCAGCUUUAUCACCUUUCUGUCCGCCCGGCACAGUCGUGGGGUCCUCCGGUUCAACCGGCCCUUCCUUGUGGUCAUCUUUUCCACCGAUACCCAGAGCAUCCUCUUUCUGGGCAAGGUUGUCAACCCCACGAAACCAUAGCCUUCCCAGGGCUGGCUCUUCUGUGACAAGCCAGAGGAUGUGGCCUGGGGCACUCAGUGUGAGCAGAUCCAUGUUUGGAGCCAUGUACACAAGAAGAUUCUGAGAAUCCGGGGCAGAAAAGGCUAUUGGUGAGGGAGAGGGACGUGGAUGGUGCGAGGUGCGUGUGGACUGGACACCUAGCUCCUCGGGGCAGUGCCACCUCAGGCAGAUCGCCUAACUGCUUUGAGCGCCACCCGGAAGAGUGGGAGACACCUUGCCAGGUGUUUGAAGGGAUUAAACAAAAUGCUGGCUAUGAGGAACCUGGUUUGGUGCCUCGCACAUAGUAGAUACUCAAUAAAUGCAUCCCUGUUUUCCAUC